GUUAUCACAUGGAAGAGCUGCUGUACUUACGUGACGAUGAGGACAUCACAGCAGGAAUGUUAGGAGGGGACCGCACGGGUUCAAGUUGAAAAGCACCGCAGUCCGAAGAUGCGAGAAGCUUCUGUGAAAACCACCACUGCCUCUGCUGUCUCUCAGGGCACUGCCAGUUCUACUACAGCCUCUGAGAGUUGAUUGGUGUGUGGACUACCUGCUCAGGCAGACUGGGAAGGCCAUGCAGGCUAUGGGCCCUGAGUCGGAGGAGACUGAUUUUGAGGACUAUGCAAUGGACCCCACAGUUGGUAGUGUUCUGGAUGACUUCACCACCACCACUACUGACUUCUCUGAUGCCAGCCCCACCAGGCUCCUCCCACUACAGUCUAACCUGCUGCGUGCCCCACCCAGGCUGCUCCCACUACAGUCCAACCUGCUGCGUGCCCCACCCAGGCUCCUCUCACUACAGUCUAACCUGCUGCGUGCCCCACCCAGGCUCCUCCCACUACAGUCUAACCUGCUGCGUGCCCCACCCAGGCUGCUCCCACUACAGUCCAACCUGCUGCGUGCCCCACCCAGGCUCCUCCCACUACAGUCUAACCUGCUGCGUGCCCCACCCAGGCUGCUCCCACUACAGUCCAACCUGCAGCGUGCCCCACCCAGGCUCCUCCCACAACAGUCUAACCUGCUGCGUGCCCCACCCAGGCUGCUCCCACUACAGUCCAACCUGCUGCGUGCCCCACCCAGGCUCCUCCCACUACAGUCUAACCUGCUGCGUGCCCCACCCAGGCUCCUCCCACUACAGUCUAACCUGCUGCAUGCCCCACCCAGGCUGCUCCCACUACAGUCUAACCUGCUGCGUGCCCCACCCAGGCUGCUCCCACUACAGUCUAACCUGCUGCGUGCCCCACCCAGGCUGCUCCCACUACAGUCUAACCUGCUGCGUGGCCCACCCAGGCUGCUCCCACUACAGUCUAACCUGCUGCGUGCCCCACCCAGGCUGCUCCCACUAAAGUCUAACCUGCUUCCUCCAGUGCCAAGUCUGCUGCAACUAGUACCUGCUUUCUUCACCCACAUCCCAGUCUGCUGCCAGGCAACUCCACCCAUGAAAAAAAAAUGCAUCACUAGUGGCAACGCAUCACUAGUUUCCAUAUAGACUGCUGUACUCCAGACCUUUUUAUCUUCUUCUAAAAUUAGAGGCUUGAUUCAAUCAGAUUGAGCAUUAACCCACGGUUGCUCUUGUGCGUCACAAACCACUCACUUCCUUCCCACACACACCAUGUCAUUUCAAAUCAAUUAUGUUGAACCAACGUGGAAUAGAUGUUGAAUUGACGUAUGUGCCCAGUGGGAUAUUUUCCCUACCGCAUUAGAAGUUCAAAAUGGCGAUAGAAACUGUAGGCUAUUGCAUAAUUUUCAUGUUAAUUUGGAUGGGGGGGAUGUAAAGCUGUCACGACUCCUACCGAAGGUGGCUCCCCUUCCUGCUCGGGUGGUGCUCGGCGGUCGUCGUCACCGGCCUACUACAGUGGGGUGAAAAGUAUUUGAUCCC